AUGGCAAAUGAUUAUACAAACCAAGAAUUUUUAACUAAAUUGAAUUGUAAAUUUGACUCAAUAAUUUGAGAGAUGAAUUAAAAAGAAAUAUAAGAUUUGGGAUUUUAUCUAAUUCAAGACCCGCUACUUGGUUUUGGAUGACAGAUAUAAAAAAUACUUAAAUGAAAAAACAUACUUCAAACAUAUAUUAAAAACUAAAAUUUUGCUAGUCUUAUUAUGAUUCACAAAUAUUUAAGUGUAUCAAACUAUUAGAUAAAAAGUACAUUCAAUCUAACUUUAAGUACAAUGAUUUGAUUUUUGAUAUCUUAAGAGCUUAUGCUAACUACGAUGUAGAAGUUGAAUUUAUUAAAGGGAUUGAUCAAAUAGUUGAAUAUUUAGUAUAAUAAUUGAAUCCAGAACAAUAUAUCAAUAUUGAUUACUCUUUUAAUUAAUUCAAUAGAAUGUGUGAUUUUUAUCAAUAAAUGGUUUUUUGGAUGACUACUCACAUAUUAUUCCAUUUGAAUUACAGAAGAAUUUAAAAAUAAAAUGUGAGUUUUAUAGAAACAGAAAAGUUUCAAAACACUCUUGUGCCUUCAAUCGGGCGCUUGGUUGGGUAGGUUAACAUUUAAUUAAGUAAAUUAAUAGAAUUACCUUUGUUAUUUUACUUUCAGAAACAACUAACAAAAAGAAGAUUUUAAUAAAUUAUUUGAUGUCUUUCUUUUUGAAGGAGAAUGUAAUUCUAUUAUUUAAUUUAGCAAUAUUACUGUAAAUAUUAUUGAAAUUCUUAAAAAUAUCAGAAGAUUUGAUCUGUUAAUUUUAAAGAGAAGAAGAUUUAUAAAUAUUCUUAAAUUAAACUUUAAUUUCAUAUGGGAUUUCUAAGAUAGAAAAGACGAAUAAAAACUACUGA